CCUUUGCUUUUUGCUUGCAAUGUACUCUGGGUAAUUCCUCGAUUCCCCCGCUCUGAAAUCCCUUCGCGACACACGAGUACCAUGGAGUCCCAAGCAAAAAUACUCUCCGGCAAAGAAGUCUCAGGUGAAAUCAGAAAAAGAUUAAAAGAAGAUAUUGACAAAAUAAGAGAGGACAAUGAAAACUUCAAACCUGGGCUUGCCAUCGUACAGAUUGGUGAUAGAGAGGAUUCAACCUCGUAUAUCAAGUCAAAGUGCAAAGCUGCUGAGGAGAUUGGAAUGAUUGCACGUCAUGUGAAGCUGCCAAGGACUAGCACACAGUCUGAUGUCCUAAAAGCUGUGGAUGAGCUUAAUAAAGAUUCAGCCAUCCAUGGAAUCAUAGUCCAGCUCCCACCUGACUCAGAAAACCCUAUUGACCCUGGCAUCUGCACGAAUGCCGUUAUCCCAGAGAAAGAUGUGGAUGGGCUUCAUGAUGAAAAUGCAGGGCGUCUUGCCAGAGGAGAGCUAGCAACAUGCAUUGUCCCUUGCACCCCUAGGGGUUGUCUGGAGCUGAUUAAGAAGUCAGGCAUUGAUGUUCAAGGAAAGGAGGCCAUUGUUUUGGGAAGAAGCAAAAUUGUGGGCUCACCUAUGGCUGAUCUACUCAAAUGGCACCAUGCUACAGUGACCACAUGCCACUCCAAGACAAAAGACUUGCCUGAAGUUGUACGCAGAGGUGAUAUUGUGGUGGCAGGUAUAGGAAGACCCCAGUUCGUUAAGGGUGAUUGGAUAAAAGAAGGGGCUGUGGUUAUUGACUGUGGUAUUAACUUCAUACCAGAUGCCUCCAAGAAAAGUGGAAGACGCCUAGUGGGAGAUGUUGACUAUAAUGAAGCAAAGGCCAAGGCCAGCUGGAUCACCCCUGUGCCUGGAGGUGUCGGCCCGAUGACCGUCGCGAUGCUGAUGAUGAACACAGUGGAUAGCGCCAAACGUGUCAUGCUUCAACAAAAGGGAGGAUUAUGGGAUAUCAGGUACUUGCCUCUAAGCUGUUUGAGACCUGUUCCUAGUGAUAUUGUAGUAUCCAAGUCCCAGACCCCCAAGAACAUAGCCGAUUUGGCGCAAGAGAUUGGAGUCUACAGCCACGAGCUUGAGCUGUAUGGUAACAAAAAGGCCAAAGUUUCCCUGCGCUCCUUGGAGCGUCUGAAGGAUGUGCCCGAUGGCAGAUAUGUAGUGGUGGCAGGGAUAACCCCUACUCCAUUUGGCGAGGGAAAGAGCACAACAACCAUCGGGGUGUCCCAGGCAAUGGGAGCACACCUAAAGAAGAACUGUUUUACGUGCAUCCGUCAGCCAUCACAAGGACCUACGUUUGGUAUCAAAGGUGGAGCUGCAGGAGGUGGUUACUCACAGGUCAUUCCUAUGGAAGAGUUCAACCUUCACCUGACAGGUGACAUCCAUGCAAUAACAGCUGCCAACAACCUACUAGCCGCUGCCAUUGACGCUAGGAUAUUUCAUGAAUCGACACAAAAAGACCAAGCCUUGUAUAACCGACUGGUACCAAAAAGAGGUGGAAAACGCGAGUUCCCCAGAGUCAUGCUAAAAAGACUCCAGAAACUUGGUAUCGACAAGACUGACCCAGAUCUUCUUACUGCUGAGGAGAUCGCUAGGUUUGCAAGGCUUGAUAUCGACCCCGACACCAUUACAUUACAAAGGGUGAUUGACACGAAUGAUCGUUAUCUACGGAAGAUAACCAUCGGACAGUCACCCACUGAACAGAACCGGACAAGAGAGACUCAGUUUGACAUCACAGUAGCAAGUGAAAUCAUGGCAAUCCUCGCGCUGACAACGGACCUCAGAGACAUGAGAGAUAGGCUUGGUAACAUUGUCGUGGCAAGUGAUAGGCACGGGCAGCCAGUGACGGCAGAUGACCUGGGCGUUGGAGGAGCACUGGCGGUGCUGAUGAAAGAUACAAUCAAGCCUAACAUGAUGCAGACCUUAGAGGGCACCCCCGUCUUUGUCCACGCUGGUCCAUUCGCCAACAUUGCUCAUGGCAACUCGUCUAUUCUUGCCGACAAGAUUGCAUUGAAGCUAGUCGGACCUGAUGGAUUUGUGUUCACUGAGUGUGGGUUUGGGGCAGACAUCGGGAUGGAGAAGUUCUUCAACAUCAAGUGUAGAUACAGCGGGCUGCAGCCCCACGCCGCUAUUAUUGUUGCCACAGUGAGAGCCCUCAAGAUGCAUGGUGGAGGACCCAAGGUCGUGGCUGGCCAGCCGCUGGCAACGGAAUAUACGACUGAGAAUCUCGAGCUUGUUCGGAGCGGCAUGUGUAACCUCGCCAAACAGAUCGAGAAUGCGCUGCUUUUCGGAGUACAAGCCGUCGUGGCUGUCAACAGAUUCCCGACGGAUACGGACGAGGAGGUGAAGCUUGUGGUUGAGCUCGCUAAGCAGGCUGGGGCAUUUGAUGCAGUGGAGUGCACUCAUUGGGCAGAUGGCGGUGCUGGGGCGGUCAAUCUUGCGGAGGCUGUUCUGAGGGCAGUGGAGCAGCCUGUUAACUUCAAGUUUCUUUACGAUCUCACGCUCCCAAUCGAGGAGAAGAUCCGGGUCAUCGCUCAGAAGGUGUAUGGCUCUGAUGACAUCGAGUUAUCCGACGAGGCGCAGACGAAGAUUGGCCGAUACAAGAAACAGGGGUUCAAUGAUUUACCUAUUUGUAUGGCAAAGACACACCUGUCCCUCUCGCACAAACCCGAGCUCAAGGGAGUGCCUAAAGGUAUCGUGAUCCCUAUUCGUGACGUACGCGCGAGUGUCGGUGCAGGAUUCCUCUAUCCUCUGGUCGGAACGAUGAGUACCAUGCCCGGAUUACCGACUCGUCCGUGCUUCUAUGACAUUGACCUGGAUCCCGACACAGAGGAAGUCCUGGGUCUGUUUUGAAGUGGAAAGAAAGUCCUGGGCUGUUUGAGGUAGAAUUGAAGUCCUUCGGCUUUUUUAGGUAGAGAGAAAGUCAUUGGGCUGUUUUGAGGUAGAGAGGAAGUCAUUGGGCUGUUUUGAGGUAGAGAGGAAGUCAUUGGGCUGUUUUGAGGUAGAGAGGAAGUCAUUGGGCUGUUUUGAGGUAGAAUGAAAGUCCUUCGGCUUUUUUAGGUAGAGAGGAAGUCAUUGGGCUGUUUUGAGGUAGAGAGAAAGUCAUUGGGCUUUUUUGAGAUAGAGAGAAAGUCAUUGGGCUGUUUUGAGGUAGAGAGGAAGUCAUUGGGCUGUUUUGAGGUAGAAUGGAAGUCCUCCGGCUUUUUUAGGUAGAGAGGAAGUCAUUGGGCUGUUUUUUGGGGUAGAGAGGAAGUCAUUGGGCUGUUUUGAGGUAGAGACAAAGUCCUUGGGCAUUUUUUAGGAAGAGAGGAAGUCCUUGGGCUGUUUUGAGGUAAAGAGAAAGUCAUUGGAGUGAUUUGAGGUAGAAAAGUAAUUGGGCUUUUUUGAGGAAAGAAAAAUUGUAGUGUUUUGAUGUAGAUAGGAAAUCAUUAUGCUUUUUUGAGGUAGAAAGGAAGUCCUUGGGCUUUUUUUGAGGUAACGAGGAAAUCUCGGGCUUUUUGAGGUAAAGAAAGACAGACAUUACACUGAGAAAGUCUUGGAAAUGUUUUCAAGCUAUUAUGAGGAAGUCAUUUCUGAUGUAGAAAGAGUGACAGAUGCGACAAUUAUAUCAUGCAUGAGUUGUAAGCAUUGAACUUCCGAUUGCUUUUUGUUUGUUUUAAUAGCGUCUUGCGAAUGAGAAAUAGUUGUCAGUAUUAAGAUUUACAAAAAGAUGUAAGCGUUAAAAAAAUAAUACUCCUUCGAUUGUUGUCUUUGAUGUUAGACACUUGAGAUUAAACGGAAAAUAAUAAAAAUACAAAACAUCUGAA